AUGACUUUGAGCUCAGAUUCUUCGCCUUCGACUUCACAGUGGAAAUUCUCGCAGGUUUUCGGCGAUCGAAGUCCCGGAGAGGACGUCCAAGACAUUGAUGUCAUAUCUGCAAUCGAAUUUGAGAAGAGCGGUGACUAUCUCGCUGUUGGAGAUCGAGGUGGGCGUGUUGUAAUUUUUGAGAGGAAGGAUAUAAAUGAGUUCAAUUCACAAAACGAGCUUGAACAAUCGGAUUUUGUGGUGAGAAAGUGUCCUGAAUUUCAAUACAAGACUGAAUUCCAGAGUCACGAGCCCGAGUUUGACUAUUUGAAGAGCUUGGAAAUUGAAGAGAAGAUCAACAAAGUGAGAUGGUGUACAACACCCAAUGGAUCAUUAUUUAUUCUGUCAACAAAUGACAAGACGAUAAAACUGUGGAAGGUCAAGGAACAUAAAGUGAAGAAAGUCAAAGAAGUGGACCUUAAUCCAGUGGUGUCUUCAGAGAACUCGCUUUUGGCUGAAAAGAGUUUUGUUGGUGGGCAACGUAACCCAUCUUUUGCUAAUGAUUAUAGUCUAGAAUGGUCAGAGAAUAUCGCCAAUGGCACGUUAUCAUCUCAAUUAGGGCAUGCCAAGAUGGCAAGUAUCAGAGAUGCUGUUUCGGCAAGAUGUCGAAAGGUGUAUGCUCAUGCUCAUGAUUUCAAUAUUAACUCCAUCUCAAAUAAUAG